CUUUCGUUGUCCCGUCGCGCCACUGGGCGUCGCCUUCAGCUGUUGCUGCUACCGCAGGGCUAGCAGGAGGCUUUCACUAGUCCCAGAGCAGUGAGUGGGGCACACUUUUUGAGGCGAGGCCGAAGCGAAAAGCAAUUUGCCUCAGGUCCUUCAAGAGACUGGGAGGACCAGGAGGACCCCGGGGAUUUCGUGGACAAGCCUUGCAGCCCAACCGGCCUGCUUGAGGACUGUUUUUUCUUUGCAUAGCUUUGCUUUUUCAGUCUCUGUGGGGACUCCCACUUCCACUCUCCCAAAUGGCGUCUGUGCUGGCGACAGUGGAUGCUCAGGGGCCUGUGGUCUAUGAAGAUCUGGCUGUGUAUUUUUCCCAAGAGGAGUGCGUGGGUCUGCUUUCUGCCCAGAGGGUCCUCGACAGAGGGGCCGCAGCCGAGCAUGUCAUUUUGAAUGAUGUGGCAUUACCUGGAGAGGAAGGCAAGACUGAGAUUAAUCAGCAGUUAAGCCUAGAGUCUCUGGAACUUGAUGAGCUUGCCCUAGAAAAUUACUCCAUUGCUGCACCCCUUGUCUAUUACCCAGAAAAAUCCUCUGAGGAUGGAGUUGGAAACUCUGAAAGGAAAGUGUCAGAUGGAACCUCUGCUUGCGAGAAAAGAUUCAUAAGCCUUUUGGUUACCAUUGAAAACCAUACCCCAUUAGUAGAAUUAUCUCAAUGUUUAGGAAUCAGACAACUUUCUGAAAUCCUUGAAUUUCCGUUGGAAGAAACCAAACUUGUGUACAAGUGUCCUGAAUGUGACCAAAGCUUCAGUGAUAAUUCUUACCUUGCUUUACAUCAGAAAAUUCACACAGUAGAGAAAAAGCAUAAAUGUGUUGAUUGUGGGAAGAUCUUCAAUCAUAGAGCCAACUUGAGGACACACAGGAGAAUCCAUACUGGUGAGAAGCCUUACAAGUGUGCCAAGUGCGGUGCUAGCUUCCACAAGCAGCCACACCUGUCCCGGCAUAUGAAUAGCCAUGCACAGGAGAAACCCUAUACUUGUGACAAAUGUGGAAGAACUUUUAUGUGGCUUCCAGGAUUGGCACAGCAUCAGAAAAGCCACAGUGCUGAGAAAGCCUAUGAGUGUGCCAACUGUGAUAAACAUGUUCUUCAGAACACAAAUCUUACUUUGCAAGAGAAAACACACCCAUCAGCCACUCCAUACCAGAACACUGAGUGUGUAAGCACUUUGGGGCAGGCCUCAUGCUCUUCGCUCCCAGAGAAGGGCCCCAAGGAAGACUCUCAAAGCUGCAGCAAUGAUGAUGAAAACUUUUUUUCUUUCUCAAAAUUCAAACCCUUGCAAUGUCUUGAGUGUGAUAUGACCUUUCCUUGUUUCUUUGAGCUUGUUUCCCAUCAGAACAUUCACGCGGUAGAAAAGCCCCAUCAAUGUAAAACAUGUGCAGAAAACUUUACAUCAGAGUCUGAACUUGCAAGCCACCAAAAGAGCCACACAACGGAGGGACCUCUUAAAUGUACCACGUGUGGGAGAAGUUUCAGAAUGAAAAUGCAUCUUGUUACUCAUAGGCGAAGCCAUAGAAGAAACACCAAAUAAAUAUAACAUGUUUUCCUUAACGUUUGAGCUUUUCAGUACACAGUUCCAGUUUAUGUGCCAGGUGUUAUGCUAAGCACUUUAAACAUAUUCCACAUCACAGUCUACCACAGUCUUAGGCAGUAUUCUGUCUGAGAGCUGAGGAAAUAUCAUACAACUAGUGAAAGAAGCCAGUAUUGAAAAUAACAUUCCAUUUAUAUGAGCCAGAGAACAAAAAUAACUUUUUCACUAAAUUAAGUUUUCUUAGAAAUGAAGGCUGUUACUCAAGCACUUCUCAUUUUUGUAUAGGUGGUUUCUAAGUA